CUUAGGCAGCUUGUCUACGUGUGUGUAUUUGUUUUAUGGCAGAGAUGGACGAGGAAUUAAAAUGCCCCGUUUGUGGUUCUUUAUUCAGGGAUCCUAUAAUUCUGCCUUGCACUCACAACGUAUGUUUGGCUUGCGCUCGCAAUAUCAUCGUGCAGACCCCAGAAGGCGAAUCUCCGCCUCACUGCCGUGCUUCUGCCAGUUCGGACUACGAUUACCUGGAUAUGGACAAGAUGAGUAUGUACAGCGAAACGGACAGCGGUUAUGGAUCUUAUACCCCGUGCCUCAAAUCGCCCAAUGGAGUCCGCGUCUUCCCGCCUGCGCUGGUGCACCGCCACUGCUCCAUCACCUGCCCGCAGUGUCAUCGGAGUGUUUCGCUGGACGAGCGGGGGCUCAGGGGGUUUCCUCGCAACCGACUUCUCGAGUCGAUCGUCACUCGAUAUCAGCAGACUCGCUCGGCGUCCAUCAAGUGCCAGCUGUGUGACCGGAACCCGGCCGAUGCAACUGUGAUGUGCGAACAGUGCGACGUAUUUUACUGCCUGCCCUGCCAGCAGAGAUGCCAUCCAUCUCGUGGACCCUUGGCCAAACACCGUUUGGUGCCCCCUAGCCAAGCGUCAAGUGCUGACCCGCAGCAGAAACAGCCGCAGCUGCAGCAGCAGCAGCAAGCCGCCCGCAAGCCGGCCACCUGCACGGAGCACGAUCUGGAGAACCAUAGCAUGUACUGCGUGAGCUGCAGGAUGCCAGUAUGCUUCCAGUGCCUUGAGGAGGGCAAACACGGCAAGCACGAAGUGAAGGCGCUCGGAGCCAUGUGGAAACAACACAAGACUCAACUUUCCCAGGCCUUGAAUGGCAUAUCUGAUAAAGCAAAGGAUGCAAAGGAGUUCUUAGUGCAGUUAAAAAAUUUACUGCAACAGAUUCAGGAAAAUGGAGUAGAGUUUGAAGCCUGCCUGGUAGCACAAUGUGAUGCACUUAUUGAUGCCCUUAACCGGCAAAAAGCCAAGCUGCUCACAAAAGUGACAAAGGAACGGGAAUAUAAACUAAAGGUUGUGAGAGACCAGAUAACCCACUGUACUUUAAAACUGCGGCAGACGACAGGGCUGAUGGAAUACUGUUUAGAAGUCAUCAAGGAGAAUGAUCCAAGUGGCUUUCUGCAGAUUUCAGAUGCUUUGAUCAAGCGGGUGCAGAUGUCUCAAGAACAAUGGGUUAAAGGAGCUCUUGAACCCAAAGUGGGCCCAGAAUUCGAUUUGUCUCUCAACAGUGAGCCACUCCUUCAGUCUAUCCAGCAGCUGGACUUCGUUCAGGGAAAAUACCCCUUUACAGUUCCUCCUGCACCUGUGCUACAGCUUGAAGAGUGUUGUACCCGCAACAACAGCGCCACACUUGCUUGGAAAAUUCCUGCCUUUUCGCAGUCUGAUGGCUUCAUUUUGGAACUCGAUGAUGGGAAUGGUGGACAAUACAGGGAAGUAUAUGUUGGCAAGGAGACACUUUGUACAGUUGAUGGGCUCCACUUCAACAGCUCAUACAAUGCACGAGUCAAAGCUUACAAUUCUGCAGGUGUGGGUCCUUACAGUAAGACAGUGAUCUUGAAGACAUCUGAUGUGGCAUGGUUUACCUUUGAUCCCAGUUCAGCUCAUCGAGAUAUUGUUCUUUCUAAUGAAAACCAAACUGUGACCUGCAACAGCUAUGAUGAUCGAGUCAUAUUGGGUACUGCAGCUUUUUCCAAAGGAGUUCACUACUGGGAGCUGACUAUUGAUCGAUAUGACAACCACCCCGAUCCAGCUUUUGGUGUGGCAAGAAUAAAUGUUACAAAGGACAUGAUGCUGGGAAAGGAUGACAAAGCCUGGGCCAUGUAUGUUGACAACAAUCGCAGCUGGUUCAUGCAUAACAAUUCUCACACAAAUAGGGCAGAGGGUGGCAUCUCUAAGGGGGCGAAAGUAGGAAUUCUCCUGGACUUCAAUAAGCACACACUGACAUUCUUCAUCAACAAACAGCAGCAUGGGCCAGUAGCAUUUGAAAAUCUUGAAGGAGUGUUUAUACCAGCAUUAAGCCUUAACCGGAAUGUUCAGGUGACUCUUCACACAGGCCUGGAGGUACCAAAGAAUAUUUGAUACAUUUUAUUGGGCUGUCUGAGCUCAACUGUUUACUUCAACUCUGCAGACCUCUCCUCUCAUCACCAUAGACAUGGGCUUCAGGAUUUAAACACGACAUUUGUCCUGAAAACAAUUUGUAAGAUAUAAUGUAAAUGGGCAACUUUAUUUUCCUGAUGCA